UCUAGACCAGCUACUGCUCCUUAAACCCUAAACCUCAAAAUAUUCGACUUCACAAGCAAUUCUUCGUUGUUCCGCAUCAGGACUUUAUUUGGCCUCCGAUUUAAAUUAGUGAACAAUGGCUGCAAAUAGUGCUGCUCCUCCUCCUCCAGGAAUCGACAAGGAACUGAUUUUGGGCAUGGCAGAGAAGGAGAUGGAAUACAGGGUCGAAUUAUUUAACAAGCUUACCCACACAUGUUUUAACAAGUGUGUUGAGAAAAGGUACAAGGAAUCUGAGCUGAAUAUGGGAGAAAACAGCUGUAUUGAUCGCUGUGUUUCUAAGUACUGGCAGGUGACAAAUCUGGUUGGACAACUGCUUGGUUCUGGUCGGCCUCCAAUGUGAAGUCUGGUUGUUCUGAAUUACUCUGAAACAUUUUUCUGCACAUUUUCUAUAGAAUGCUCCUACCUGCUAACAAGGUGGAGAUCGUGUUCCAGAAAAAAAUCCAGUUGCUUUAGCAUGAAUUAGUGCUUAGUUGAUGCUGCAUCUAAGGCCAUUUAAAUUGUCUCACUAGUAGUUUUAAUCUGAAUUUUGGUUUACCAUUUUGAGCCUAUGCUGAUGCAUCUAUCUUUGGUAGCAUUACAGUUCAGUUAGAAGCUGACCAGCCUCUUCUGAAAGCCUGAAACCAUGCCUAUUGAGUAUUAAGCGUGGUUGUUGGACCUUUAUCUUUUUAUUCUUCAAGCAUUGGUCCAAAUAAAAAUGCCUUUCAUUUGGUUUCUAA